UAUUGUAGCUGAAGCAGUACAAAUUGGUGCCGGAAAAACUAAUAGAAAGGCAUAUUUUGUUAAUAUAUUGUUUAAAGACGGCUGCAUAAAAAUAAAUAACAAAACAAUAUGAAUAAAUAAUUGCAUAUUUGUUCUCUUCAAACAAAAGAAAACUCAAUUUUUGUAUUGGAAACUGGAGAAGAAAGAAAAUUGGUUUCCAAGGGAAAAUAAAGCAUAAACGAAAAGCACGUAAAGUUGCAAAAUCAAAAGAUAUGAAGGAAACAAAACUUGUAUUAAUGCUGGCCCAAGCAUUUAUUGGUACUGGCUUCUUUUUUCUGUAUGUUCAUCAUGUAAGAUCUCUAUUUGAAAAUCGCACCAAUGUGGCCCACUUGACACAGUUGGAACGUGAAUCGUUGUUUCGUCGUGAAGACGCAUUGUAUUAUAGUUUCUAUAAAACGCUUACAGAUGCACCAGACUUUUGGACUGGCAUAGAUCAAUUGACAAAUCUCACUACCAUUGAAUAUCCAAACAGUGUAAAUGUCUUGAGUAGAUUUCAUGUAUUGCCAGAGAUAACAAUAGGGUUCUUUUAUCAUGUGUUACGCUCAAAUAGCAAAUUGGGUCUUUUAUCGUUGUUAAGUUGUUGGCGCUCUGAUGAUAUACGCUUGACCCUAGAAUAUGGCCGUUGUGAGGGACAGUCUUUGCAAUUUUACUUGGAAUGUGUUUGGAUUUUGGGUGGUAUCACAAUAUUAACAAUCUAUAUGUAUGGCCUGCUAUUGAGCCGUAAUAUAUUUGGUGGCAUCUAUGCGGUUGCUUCGUACAUUAUGUUUCAUAGUUUCGCCUCGAAAAUAUAUGAGCGGCCAAUGGCCAGAGAAAAUUUUGCAUUUCCAGCGAUAUAUUUACAAAUGUUUUAUUUGUGUGUUUGCAUUAAUCGGGUCACGGAAAGGAAGACACAUACAAUGUCCAUAGUGCCGACUUUAAAACUUACCUAUUUUACAACAAUGGCACUUCUAAGUUGGCAAUUUUCUGCAAUAAUAUUUGCAAGUCAAAUACUUAUACUCAUGUUGCCAUGGUCUAUAAGUCGUGUUCCCAAUCGUGUUGUGGCAAUGUUUACAGUCGAUUAUGUUUCAUCCCAACUAAUGGCUAAUUGGAUAGCAUACUAUUAUUCACAAGGAAAUCGACGCUAUUUCUUUGGCUGGCAAUUGGGACCGCUAAUUGGUCUAUCAUUAAUUACCGCAAUACGUUUAUAUAAACAAACCCCAGCGCCAACAACAGCGCCAACAACAGCAACAACAACAUCAACUUCAUCAGCUACAACAACGCCACAAAAAGAUACGGAAUCUAGUAUAACCGAAAAUACCGCUGAAUUUCUUUUUAAAACCAUUCCAUUGGGAGUUUUAUUAUCAAUCUGUUCGCAGAGCACAAUAAAUGAUUUGUUGGAAUUGACCGGUAUAGCUAAGCCAGUAGAGAAUACAUAUGCUCUGUACAGAGAUCUCAUUAUACAUUGGGGUUUGCAGGCUAAAGUAAAUUUUGUUACUAGUUUAUCAGCUUGCAAUCCUGACUAUGCGCGCAUGGAGUGGUCAGAACUUUGGGGUUUCAUCAAGAACUUAGUGGUUAAACCUUAUUGUCUAUAUGGUGUUGUUAUAAUGGCAAAAUUCUUUCGUAAAUGGCGCAAAUCAACAGAACCCAAAGAACCCAAUUCAGAAGUGGUAGAGCGAGCAAAAAAAUACAUUUUAGAAGAUUUCCUUGAAGAGCAUCAUGUCAGUAUGCCCGAUAUGUCUAAAAAAGAAACCGAAGCUAUGCUUAAUGAAUGCAUGGAACUCUUUGCCAAAUGUGACUACGAUUACGAUCGCUAUAAGAAAGAGAAAAAGAAAUUGAAAAAAGAAAAACCAGAUGAACAUUUAGAGUUUAUGAAUGACAUAAAAAAACUAAAAGAACAAAUUAACGAAAUACGUGAACAAAAAGAUAAAAAAUCUACACAAAUUAAGGAAAAUCAAAACGAAAAGAAAGAUGAAAUUGAAGAUAAAUUUAAAGAUAAAGAAGAGGAACAACCAGACAGCGACAUUGAAACAAAUGAACAAGAAAAAGAUUCUUCUUCCUCAUCUACAACAAACAAAUCUAAACCGUCCGUAAAUGGUAACAAAUCGUCAUCUUCCAAAACAUCACAACAAAAGUCUUCGAAUUCUGAUGCGGCUGAUGAGACUGAUGCGGAGGUGGAUGACGAUGAUAAUACCUGCAAUUAUCGUAGUUUUCAUUAUUUAUACAGUUUUCUACAAAUGGCUGUAUUCGCUUUUAUAGGUCUCAGUAUUAGGAAAUUAUUUUUCUUAUGUUUUACACAAGGUUGUGUUCUUGGUUCUACAAUAUGUUCCUCAUUUAUGUCUAAGAAAAAUCGUCGCAUCUUUUGGACUGCUUAUCUGUCAGUGUUUUUAACCAGCAUUAUUAAUCCAGGAAUCAGGAACAUUCAAGAAGAAUAUUUCCCCUCUAACGAACUUAAAUUGGGACAUGAUGAUUUAGACACAAUGUUGGAAUGGAUUAAAAUGAACACUGAAAAAGAUGCAGUAUUUGCAGGACCUAUUGAUAUAAUUGGCACAGUACAUCUAUCAACGAGAAGGCCAAUUGUUAAUCAUGCUCAUUUGGAAAUGAGACAGAUAAGUGAACGAACUGAACAUGUUUAUAGUAUGUUUAGUCGCCAACAAUCAUCAGAUAUUUACAAUCAAUGCUCUCAAUUAAAAAUACAAUAUUUAAUUGUGGCAUUAAGUGAUUGUAAUAAUGAAACAAGAGACGAAUGUGAUUUAUUAACAAUAUGGGAUGAUAUGCAACCGGCUUAUCGUAAAUAUCCACAAUUUUGUUCUGAAUUAGCUGUUAAGAAUAUACCGAGCUUUUUAAAAGUAUUUACCAGCGAUUAUUAUGCCAUUAUCAAAAUGUUUUCGCAAAGUGUACAAAUCAAUUUGAAAUAUAAUAAAAUGCCUGAAAAACAAAUGUGAGUGAAACUAAUAUAAAAUACAGCAGAAUAUUAAGAACUUUUUAUUUAUAUUUUAAUGGUUGAAAAUUUAUAAAAUUUAUUAAACUUAUUAAAAAUAUAAAAUACAAUAUAAAUCUAUAAAAAAAAGUCAAUUGCUUGCAAAUUAAAAACACUUUAAAGCUUCUUUGAGCAACAAAAUAAAUAAAAAAAGAAACACAAAAAAUGUAAAACAAUACAAUAAAUGCAAUUAUUUUAUACACAAAAAUAAAUAAAGAAAAACAAAAAAAAAAACAAAACUGCAACAAAACGAAUCACAUUAAUAAACCAAAUACCAAUCCUAUAUUGAAUUUAUUUUCUGAAUCAACAAAACUAAAAUCCUAUUUUAAAAGCUUGAAAUAUAUAAAAAGAAUAAUAAAAAAAAGAAAACACAAACAAAAUCUUAAUAAAUGCAAACAAACAAACAUUUUUUAAAAAAUUUUGAAGAGACUUGAUGUGAUGUUUGUUUUUCCCUGUUAACACUUGAUUUCUUAACUUCAACUAUUUAGUAUGUAUUUUGUAUAAAUUUAUAAAAUUAAAACAAAACAAAAAAAUAAUAAAUACCAGCCAACUUAGUGUUUAAGUUCUUUAAUGAAAAUCUAUAAAAAAAUACAAAAGAAAAUGAUUAUAAAUAUGUAUUAGUGUUAAACACUUAUUUUUUACUUUACUACAUUAUAUUACAUCUUACUAUUACUAUUAUUAUAAUUAUAAUUACAAUUACAUACAUAUGUUUACUAAUAAAUAUGUAGUUUUUAAAUUAUAAAUUUUUCUUACUUACAAUUACAUUUAUACACAUACGUAUGUAUACACACUUUAUUAAGAUUUUAUUUUUAUUGAUUUUCUUUAUUUUAAACUAAUUAAUUAAUUAGUUAAACUUUGUAUGCAUUCCCUUCACUUUAAAUUAAUGUAUUUAUAGUCGAGAAAAAAGAGACAACUAAUUUUAUUUCGUCAUUUUGCUAUUUUUAAAGAAAAAAGUAUUUCAAAAAAAAUAUGAGUGAUAAAUUUUAAAUUAUGUGAAAAACAGUAACAGAAAACAAAUAAUAAUAAUAAAAAUAAUUAAAAAAAGAAAUAUUUUUAGGUGAAAUUAAAAGUUUAAACAUAAAAAUAAAGAAAAUAUUUAAAAUCAAUUAAAA